AUGUCUCUUCCAACCUCUGACAAAGAAUGGAUAUUAAAGCAGCAGCCUGAAGGUCAAAUAUCAAUAGCGGACCUACCGGAGACGUUCGAAUUAAAGGACGUGGCAUUGGCCCCGCCAGGCGAGGCUUCUGUCCUUGUGAAACUCCUCACUCUGUCCAACGACCCAGCACAGAGGACAUGGAUCAGGAAAGGUGGUGAAAGAAAGAAGUUAUACGUCAAACCCCUGGUUCCAGGAGAUACCAUUCACACCAUUGGAAUAGCCAAGGUGAUCGCUACCGGCAAGAGCGCGAAAAUGUUCAAAGUCGGAGACUUGGUAUAUGGGUGGCUCCAUUGGGCGGAGUAUACAGUUUGCAAAGAAGAUGAUGUAUUCGCGCUAGAUGCAUACCUUGGAACACUCGGGUUCUCUGGAUUCACAGCAUAUACCGGCUUGCAUCGAGUGCUCAAAUUCCAAACAGGACAGACUCUUGUUGUCAGCGGCGCUGCUGGAUCAGUAGGUACCGUCGUCGUCCAAAAUGCCAAGAAAGUAUUACAGGCGGGGAAAGUCGUGGCAAUUGCUGGAUCGAAAGAAAAAUGCGAUUGGCUUUUAAGCAUCGGCGCCGAUGUGGCCUUGAACUACAAGUCCCCCAAUUUCAAAGUGGAUGUGGCGGAAGCAGCCCCUGAAGGUGCUAACAAAUUUUCAUACCUGCAUCCCCUCUUUGCGGAUAUCUCUUGCCAGAUAUUUCGACAACACAGCUGGGCCAAUACUCGACCAUGCAUGAAGAAUCAUGGGAGGAUAGCAGCCUGUGGUGCCGUAGUGGCUUACAAUUCGACCGGCGCACAAACCUUUGAGAACUUCUUCGACAUUGUCUCACAACGUAUCAACUUGAAAGGGUUUAUCUGCACAGAUUGGAUGGAUAUGUGGCCGCAAUUCCAAGUGGACAUCACUAAAGCUAUCCAAGAUGGAAAGGUCAUGCUCGGAGAAGGGACAGAUACGGUUGUCGACUUGAGGGGUAAAUUUGAAGACAUUCCGAAGGUCUGGCUCAGGUUAUCUGAAGGAGGAAAUUGA